UGAUGGAUAAUUAUUUGCAUUAUACUGAGUCGAAAGGUUUACGUUGUUCCUUUUCAAAAGUAGGACGUUGAGAGGAAAUGGGAUCCGGCCAGUUGUGUUGUGUCCAUCAAGUUGGAAAUUUAACAGUUUUGGGCAGAUGUCUGAACUAACUAACGGAGAGUUAUUUAAGGGUCGCCAGUGGCGAUAUUUAAACGCGGGGAAAAAUAAUGAAAAUGAAUGUGCCUUGCAAAAAACCUCAACGUUAAAAGUCUAUUUUAGAUCAAAUCAAUCAAGUCAAAUACUAGUGAGAGGAAAUUGGACCACACGCUCGGGAGGACAUGUAGCAGUACCAACAACAGACGCCAGAGGGCGACAGCGGCUGCCGGGCACUCUAAAUACUUAAAGAGAAGAAGAGUGUUGUUUACGCCUACACUCGUUUCAAGAUGGCCGCUGGAGACAACAGCGGUAGGCCUCCGUGCCUUAAUUUCUCUGGUCCGGGUCCUUUGGGAAACAGCCAGCCCAGCAACAGCGUUUUCUCCAUGCCGGCAUCCAACGGCGGCGCGGUCGGUUCGGCCGGCGGACCACAGGGAGCGGCGAGGCGACCCAACCCGCAGCUGGGGCCUGGCGGUGGGGACGGCAACGCCGUUUCGAGCGGCGCUCAGCCGACUGCGCAGAACUCCCUGCACCAGUCCGCUGCGGCAGGUGCUGCGACAGCCGGAGUAAUGGCCACCCCGGCGUCCAACAUGGCAGCCACCGCGGCGUCAAACGCGUCCGCGUCCGCGUCGUCGGCACCGAGCGCCGCUCCGGCGGCGGCUUCGGUGCUGGUGUACCGGGAGCCGGUGUACAACUGGCAGGCGACGAAGAGCACCGUCAAGGAGCGGUUUGCUUUCCUCUUCAACAACGAAGUGCUCAGUGACGUUCAUUUUUUAGUCGGAAAAGGAAUGGGUGUUCAAAGGAUACCUGCGCACAGGUUUGUCCUGGCUGUCGGGAGCGCAGUGUUUGAUGCCAUGUUCAAUGGGGGAAUGGCGACGACCUCGACGGAAAUCGAGCUUCCUGAUGUGGAGCCGUCGGCCUUCCUGGCGCUGCUGAAGUUUCUCUACUCUGAUGAAGUCCAGAUUGGACCUGAGACGGUGAUGACUACACUAUAUACAGCUAAAAAGUAUGCAGUGCCAGCCCUGGAGGCGCACUGUGUGGAGUUCCUCAAGAAGAACCUGAGAGCAGACAACGCCUUCAUGCUGCUCACACAGGCUCGGUUGUUUGAUGAGCCACAGCUUGCCAGCCUUUGCCUAGAGAAUAUUGAUAAAAACACCGGAGAUGCUCUUGCCGCUGAAGGCUUUACGGACAUAGAUUUGGAUACGUUGGUGGCAGUGUUGGAGAGGGAUACUCUCGGGGUGAGGGAGGUGCGUUUAUUUGUCGCUGCGGUGCGCUGGGCCGAGGCGGAGACUCACCGGCAGCAGCUGCAGCCCACACCCGAGAACAAACGCAAAGUGCUGGGCAAAGCUCUCACGCUCAUCCGCUUCCCUCUCAUGACUAUUGAGGAGUUUGCUGCAGGUCCAGCCCAGUCCAGUAUUCUGACCGACCGAGAGGUGGUGAGUCUCUUCCUUCACUUCACUGUAAACCCGAAGCCUCGCGUUGAAUUCAUCGAUCGGCCUCGCUGCUGUCUCCGGGGGAAGGAGUGCAGCAUCACGCGCUUUGGCCAGGUGGAGAGUCGCUGGGGUUACAGCGGGACGAGCGACCGCAUACGGUUCUCAGUGAACAGACGGAUAUUUGUGGUUGGGUUCGGUCUCUACGGCUCCAUACACGGACCCACAGACUACCAAGUUAACAUACAGAUUAUUCACACAGACAGCAACACGGUGCUGGGCCAGAAUGACACAGGCUUCAGCUGUGAUGGGUCAGCCAACACCUUCAGAGUCAUGUUCAAAGAACCGGUGGAGAUAUUACCCAACGUCAACUACACUGCCUGUGCUACACUCAAGGGCCCGGACUCUCAUUAUGGGACUAAGGGAAUGCGAAAGGUAACACACGAGUCGUCAUCCACCGGCACAAAGACGUGUUUCACUUUCUGCUACGCAGCGGGCAACAACAACGGCACUUCUGUUGAGGACGGACAGAUUCCUGAGGUCAUCUUCUACACAUAGUCACCUCUGACAUAGCAACGAUCCUCCAUCAAAUGUGACAACCUGACACCAGCGCGGCGCCUCACCUCAGCAGCCGUUUCCGGGGACUAAUCUUUCAGACGUCAUAUUGCUCCCCCCAUGUAGUGCACUACAGUUUGCCACAUGGGAAGACAAAUAGCCCUAAAGCAAUGUAGGUCACUACAUGGGGCAUAGCUUGUCAUUUGAGAUGCUGCCUCUUUAUCAGCACCUUCUUUUGUCCCUUUCGUGUUGUAAUGAUGCCAGCCUCUGCAACAGAAAUGACUGUUAACGACUCCUCGAGGGAGGAAAAGGGGGAGGGGGGGGGCCUCUCAAGAUUAUUCACUCUAUCGAUCUCACUGCUGUGAAUUGACGGCAUGAAGCUUGAAACUGAAUUCUACCCAAACUGUACAAAAAACCCUUCCUGUGCUCCACAGAAUUAGUGCAACGGAGUCGCGAACUGUAUGAAUGUACAGAUCUGCCAAGACAAGAUCCUCACCCCCGUUCAGUGCAAUUGAGUGUGUGUCACUCAAGUCCAUAUCAGCUGUAACUUCCAUAGAACAGUAGACCUCAUAGGCUUUAUAAACCCCUUGAACCAAACUUCAUAUUCAUCUUAACAACAUGAUAAUGUUAAGCAGUUUUUGGGUUUCUACAUAAAGUACAAUCUGUGAUAUCUUGUGUCCCCUGCUUGGUAGUUGCCUAUUCCCAAGAUACCUUGCACUUCUCUGCCUUGCAUAUGUUCGAUUGUUCUAUAGAUGCACACUAACUCUUAAAAUAAGUUUCUUUUUAGCUUUGUUUUAAAAAGUCUGGACGGAAGAGCUUACCCUCUUGGUGUGGCAAUUAAAGGGUUGUAUAUUAAAGUGUCAUUUAUUAACAUUAUAUAUGUAACUUGAAAACUAUUGAUUAAAGCGUUAAGAAAGAUAUUUUGUUGCUUGUGUUUUUGGAUAAUAACCAAUCUCAAAAGUAAUAACAUCAGGAGGUUAUUAAAAAUAAUUGUCUUCUAAAAAAAUCGAAGGCUAAAUUAAACCCAUCAACCUUAAGCAGGCCGGCUCUGUACAUCGCGUAGCAAACACAUCUACGGCCAACUAACUGAGGGGAGGGUUGUUUGACUUUUAAUACAUGUAUUGUUCUUUAUUAAUGAUUGUGAAAAAGUUGUUAAUCGUCUCGUUAACUGCUGAAAGCAAAUAAAUAUUUCCCCAAAAUGUUA